AUGAGGCACGCAACUGCAGCAACAGAAACCAUGGAAAAUAAUUCAUUUACAGUAACAGACUUAUAUAAAAUAUGCACUCAUUGUGAACGGCUAAGCAAAAAGGUAAGCGAAAAGGAAAAUAAAGGGCAAAUGCUUUUGACAGUGAAUGCAUGUUUUUAAAACUAUGUGCACCGUCGUUGUGGAAUUUAGAGUAUUAAUGUGUGACAAAUUCAUGUCCCUUUAGACAGUUUUUCUGUGGCUGCGAGUGAAGGAACUGCAGUGCAGUCUUUUCUUUUGUGUCCAAUCUUGUUUAUGCGUUUGAGGAGUUUGCGUUGCUUGUCAAAGCUCUACAUUUAUUCGCCUGCUUUGUCAUCAUAUUGUCAACUCUGCUAUUCGGUAUAUGCUCUUAGCUCAAUUUUUCGGUUGGUGUCUUUGAAUGCGAGACAGUGUUGUCGCUUUCUAGCAAUCUUCGGCCCGGAGUCUUCUAGGUCAUUCAUUCUACCAGUUCAUUGCGCUGCGCAGAGGGACACGAACGGAGCUAUCUAUGGAGCCCCUAGGGAACAUGUCGUGAUCAGCGACUUCUUAAGUUGACAGUUUGCUGACAGUUGGCUGUUUAAUGUGAUGUCAAUCAUUUCUUGAAUUUGUUCCUUUAAUAACAUCCUUUAGUAUGCGAGCCUUUCCGAAUAACUUUGUGUCAUAUAAUGUAUGAAUUAGGGUAUUAUUAAAACGUAUCAAGUGUAUAUCAAAUGUUUUCAAACUGCAAGUGGUUACAUAACCUCAGCACGCAUGAUACAUUGUAUCUAUCAAGUGUUUGAUUUGUGUAUUUUGAGACUUUUGUCGCAUUUCUAGAGACUACUGUUAUGGCAGCUUGCUGCAGCGAAAUUGUGAACAAAGCGAGUUGGAUUUCUCUUUUGCACAGGCUGGGCUUGCAAUGCUCCAACCCGACUGUAGAGCGAGUAUGUGGUCUAGUGGAGAGAGGGGAGAGAUGUAUCUUGCAGAAGGUAGUACAAUAUUACUCGGUCAGGGCUCGCAGCCAAAAUGGUACUAAAAACAGCAUUUAGGCAUUUGACUCCACUGAGCACGGUUGGCAUGCUGUUGCAUUUGGUUCUUGCAGAACUAUAAUGUGUUUCUGUACUCUUUUUGUCUUGCAGGACUCAGGAGUACGGAUACCAAGACCACUGGGGAAUGGACCAAGUAGAUUUAUCCCUGAAAAAGAGGUAAGGAGAACAACAGCUUUAUGUACCACAAAGGAUUUUUCUAUACUUAUGAAAAGUAUUACUCACCUUUUACUUACCAUUACAAUACAUUAAAGUGCCAUAUUAUAUCAAUAAGUGAUUGAGAGUAAAAAUUAAUUUACUGGCUCUCUGGCACCAGAUCCUUCAAAUCAGUAAAGUAGAUCCGAGGACACAAUCGAUAUUCGAGGACGCAUUCGCUGCACUGGGUCGUCUUGACAACAUCUCCUUGGUGAUGGGCUUCCACCCACAGUACCUGGAGAGUUUCCUGAGGACACAGCACUACCUGCUGCAGAUGGACGGGCCCUUAUCCCUGCACUACCGCCACUACAUAGGCAUCAUGGUGAGGCCCCUUACCCCCUACUCUAACCACUACACUACCAUGGUAUAGCCACUGCAUAGACACUCUUGGACAGUCUCGUAACUCUCUCUCCUUCCCCCUCUUCCCUCCCAGGCUGCGGCCAGACACCAGUGCUCCUACCUGGUCAACCUGCACGUCAACGACUUCCUCCAGGUGGGAGGGGACCCCAAGUGGCUGAACGGCCUGGACGGAGCCCCACAGAAGCUGCAGGCCCUCGGGGAGCUCAACAAGAUCCUGGCCCACCGGCCCUGGCUUCUUACCAAGGCACACAUCGAGGUACGCAGCUGGGGCUGGACCUGUGACACACACACCCAGGACUGGACAAAGGGACAGGUUAGGGUUAUGUAACUGAGAUCAUGGGUGGAGGCACACCAGAGUUAUGCAGCUGUUACUUGACAGGGUUAGUUAUAUGAAAGGGGUAGGAAUGGACAGAGAAGAAAAGAUUCCAUCCAAAGGAAACUACUGUCUGACAUAUCAACUCUCUCUUCUCCCCCUCCCCAGCACCUGCUGAAGGCUGAAGAACACAGCUGGUCCCUGGCUGAGCUGAUCCAUGCCGUGGUGCUCCUCACACACUACCACUCCCUGGCCUCCUUUACCUUCGGCUGUGGCAUCACCCCUGAGAUCCACAGUGACGGGGGGCACACCUUCAGACCCCCCUCCGUCAGCCAGUACUGGGUCUGUGACAUCGCCAAUGACAAUGGGCACGGCAACGACCUGGAGGAGAAGAGAGGCAGCCACCAGGUGCGAGGAAGGAGGAGGGUGUGUGUGUGUGUGUGUGUGUGUGUGUGUGUGAGAGAAAGUGAAACUGGGGGUUUUGUUAGUAACCGGCUUUGACAAAGAUGUGUGGUUGUGAGUUGAGUGGUUCUUGUGGUUGUGGUCACCCUAUGUAUGACCCAAGAACGUGUGUGUGUACCUGUCUAGGUGUCUGGUGAGGUGGAGGUGCUGAUGGAGAGAAUGAAGCUGCUGCAGGAGUGUCGUGAUGAAGAGGAGGCCAGUCAGGAGGAGAUGGCCACACGCUUCGAGAGGGAGAAGACUGAGAGCAUGCUGGUGGCCACAGCAGAGGACGAGGAGUGUGUGCCGUCCAGAGACGUGUCCAGGCACUUUGAAGACCCCAGCUACGGCUACAAGGACUUCUCCAGGAGAGGAGAACACGUACCCACCUUCAGAGUGCAGGUAUAUAACACACACACACACACACACCGUCACUUACGGAAAAACAGGGAGACAGAAAGAGGCGUUUUAAAGGAAAGUGGAGUUUUCUCAAUAGCUUCAAGAUGACAUUUUCUAAAUGUUGCACUAUGCAGUAUCUAUCCGAUUGACCAAUUGAUAUCCAGACAUUGUGAUUAACACCUUGCUUUCUUCUCCUUUCUCCUCCCUCUUCUUCAGGACUACAGUUGGGAGGACCACGGCUACUCCCUGGUGAACCGUCUGUACCCUGACGUUGGUCAGCUGUUGGAUGAGAAGUUCCAGAUGGCCUACAACCUGACCUACAACACCAUGGCCAUGCAUAAAGACGUGGACACCUCCAUGCUCCGCAGGGCUAUCUGGAACUAUAUCCACUGCAUGUUCGGCAUCAGGUACGCCACUCACUGGCGCUAUACAAACACAAAUCUACGAAUACAAAUUGAUUUAUUCCAAGAUCACAUAUGCUAGAUUCAAAACAUGAAUAUUGUCACGUGUUUAAUACAUUGAGAAAAUGCAUUCAUUUCGUACGGUAAUGUACUUAGUAAAGAAAUAACUGUAUUUAUCAGUAGCUCUAACAGAUCUCCCUCUGUGUGUGUGUCUCAGGUAUGACGACUAUGACUACGGGGAGAUCAACCAGCUGUUAGACCGCAGCUUUAAGGUCUAUAUUAAGACCAUGGUGUGCAGCCCGGAGAAGACCACCAAACGAAUGUACGAGAGCUUCUGGAGGCAGUUCCAGCACUCCGAGAAGGUGAAGGAACAACUUCUUAUUUUAUUUUACUUAUUGGUCCAUGGGUUAAUGUUUCUAUUGGUAGCAUUUAAAGUUUGAUCUGUGUAAAUGGAGUAGUGUUGUGUUGUAACUCUCUCUUUCCCUUUCCCAGGUCCAUGUAAAUCUGCUUCUUAUGGAAGCGCGUAUGCAGGCGGAACUGCUCUACGCUCUGAGAGCGAUCACCCGCUACAUGACAUGA